GUGUGCUGGUUCCCUUUGCUCUGGGUCUGUGCAUGUUGUGACUCUGAAGUUGGACUAAAUGCAUCUACCACCCACUGCACUCAACCGUCCAACCACUGUGUGAGGCACAGCUAUUCACGCUUCAUAGCAGGAAUCCUGUGCCUUUGCAGGUUCACACACACAAGGAAACUGGUAAUAGGAGCUCAGAAGUGAUUCAAGAAAUGAGAGUAUUCUGCUUUUACACGGUCCCUGGAUGCAGUGUUGAUAUGGAAGCUGUGCGUUUGUGCAAGCUUCCUCCCUCCACCUCUCCCUCCUCCCUGCUGCUCCUCUCCAUCGCUCCUUUCUGCUUCGGAUCCAGUGAGCGUCACCAUUCCCAUCAAUGAGAAACCUUUUCCCAACAUCCCGGUUGCACUUGAGACCCGCGCGUUCCUUGCGAAUUCCGGCACCCGGUGACGGCGAUGCCCCCGUCGUCCCUCCUCUUCACUCUCUUCAAAACUCUUCAGGUUUUUCCAACUGGGCGAUUCAGGCUGAGGCGGGCGCAACCGCACUAGAGGGAAAGUCAAGUCGUGCUGGACUGGCGCGCUACGCACGGUCCACAACUCAGAGAAGCCCAGAGCCGCGUUCCAGCAUGAUUGGAAAUGAUGGAAUAUGCUGAUUGUAAAAGUUGAGCAGGGAUUUCUAGUUGUGGGGCGUCUGCGCGGCAUGGCUUUCGUUUUAACCUGCUUAAUUCUCUCUUGUUACAGUGCGGACAGUGUUUGGGGAAAUCAGCACAGUGAGACCAGUAUCUAUUUGGAUAAUAUCACGCGCAUAUUGGACAGAUUACUGGACGGCUAUGACAACAGGCUGCGACCUGGAUUUGGAGGUCCAGUCACAGAGGUCAAAACCGACAUCUUUGUCACAAGCUUCGGACCGGUUUCAGAUGUUGAGAUGGAAUACACCAUGGACGUGUUCUUCCGCCAGACGUGGAUCGACGAGCGGCUGAAAUUCGAGGGUCCCAUCGAGAUCCUGCGGCUCAACAACCUGAUGGUCAGCAAGAUCUGGACGCCGGACACGUUUUUCCGCAACGGCAAGAGGUCGAUCUCUCACAACAUGACCACCCCCAACAAGCUGUUCCGCAUCAUGCAGAAUGGAACCAUCCUCUACACCAUGAGAUUGACCAUAAACGCGGAGUGCCCCAUGCGUCUGAUGAACUUCCCCAUGGACGGACACGCCUGCCCGCUCAAGUUCGGGAGUUAUGCGUAUCCCAUCAGCGAGAUCGUGUACACGUGGAAGAAAGGUCCUCUGUCUUCUGUGGAGGUGCCACAGGAAUCCUCCAGUCUGCUGCAGUAUGACCUCAUCGGCCAAACGGUGUCGAGCGAGAGGCUCAAGUCCAACACAGGGGAAUAUGUCAUCAUGACCGUCCACUUCCACCUGCAAAGGAAGAUGGGCUUCUUCCUCAUCCAGACCUACAUCCCCUGUAUUAUGACUGUCAUCCUUGCCCAAGUCUCCUUCUGGAUCAACAAGGAAUCGGUUCCGGCUCGAACAGUCUUUGGCAUCACCACCGUCCUGACCAUGACCACCCUCAGCAUCAGCGCCCGUCACUCCCUCCCCAAAGUCUCCUACGCCACCGCCAUGGACUGGUUCAUCGCCGUCUGCUUCGCCUUCGUCUUCUCCGCCCUCAUUGAAUUCGCGGCCGUCAACUACUUCUCCACGCUCCAGGCCAAUCGGGAGCUGAGGAAGGCGGCGGCCAUGAAGGCGGCGGCUCAGGAAGCGGCGGCGGCCGCGGCCGCGGCGGCUCCGGCCGCGGCCGCCGGCAGCGAUGGAGACGUUUCCUCAGUGGAUGCCAGCAGCGUGCUGAAGAAGAGAAUGAACUCUGCUCCUCUGUUCGACCGCCCUGCCAAAACCUUCCCCAACCCGCCGGUCAACGCCCACGCCUUCCUGCAGCAGGGCUCAGCGGUGCCGGCCAACAACGUUCUGACCGGGACCAGCAUCAUCGACAAAUACUCCCGCAUCCUCUUCCCCCUCUCCUUCGGCGCCUUCAACCUGGUCUACUGGAUCGUCUAUCUCACCAAGGACACCAUGGAGAUGUCCAGGGACACCGUCUAAACGAAGAACCCAUCUCUCUGGAACGAACCCACACAUGCACAAAACAUGCCGGACACUUGCCAACUCGCUCUGAUGCCGCCUCAGUGCUUUGUAUUUCUUCAUAAGUUCUCCCUUGAAAAGCCGAGCUCUCAUUUCCAGCUCAGGCCCGGAACCGGAGCUCACGACCCGUUCCAGACUGUGGAGCCGUUGCAGACAGGUACCGCUCGCCCGCCUCUCCCCUUUUUGCUUUACUUCCUGCUGUGUUGCUUAUUCUGACGCCUUUUUGGGCUUUGGUCCCACGUCGUUGGCCGCGUGGAUGACUGAAGAUGUAACAGCUCUGCUACUGUGGCUGUGCUGCGGAGCUACAGGCAGAGCCACUACUUUGUUGUGUGUGUGUGUGUGUUUCUGUUUGCAUGCACGUCAGCACAUAACAGCAAAGAAGCGCCCACUGGCCAACGUGGAUGACGGAUUCGCUCCAACUUCCUCUCUCAAGACCUCAUCAAUGCGCUCUCGAUAUAUAUUCUUUGCCCUGUUUCUCUCCCGUGAUGAAAGACGGAGGAUGUGAAGGAGGAACUUGAAAGGUUUUAUGGGUUGUGUUCCAGCGAUUCCCAGUUACUUUUUCAGAUGCACAACAGGACCUUAGACCAGGUUCAACACACAAAAUGUAGCAGAGUCUAAAGACAGAAAGUUUAAAUGAACUCACUGAUGCUCACUAGUAGGUUAAGACGACAACUCUGGUUUAGUAUAUCAUUAAAAAAUGAAAAAAACAAAAAAAACAAACAAGAGACGAAGGAAAAUCCAUCAUCAUCAAAACGCCAAAACGUGUUCAUUAAUAAUCCACUUGUUCGGAUUUGCAUAUAAUUAUGCUCGCAUCCAAUUAAGCAGCGCAGGUAACACGUUCAUGUCAGUAACAUGUUAAAGUGGUGUCUAAAAAGAAGCUGAAGAGCGUUUUCGUCCUCAUCCAUCAUCCACAUGGGAUCCACAUGGGACGAAUUAUCCCAGUCUUUCGACUUAAAAAGCCUCCACUGCAAGAAACCAGUGAUGUCCUUCGAAAACCAUGCAAGUCCAGCUGUUUUGGUUCAAUCCCCAUGUUUGGUUCAAACUAAACUCCAAACUUUAUCUCAGCGUAGCACUGAAGAAGCAAAAAACUUUUAAUCUCUUCUAAAAUUCCAGUUAACAAUGAAGUCCUUCAUUUCUUUUCCAAUUUUGUGCAUUUCUUAGAGCGAUUUGAUUCAUUAGCAGAGCUCUAACAGCUAAUCAGUGAUGCAUGAUCUUUUGUAAAACAAAUAUGCAAUGCAAUAAAAACAUGCAAUACAGACGUCGGUUCUUUCCCUCAGGUUUGGGCUCUCUCCUUAAAACCACAUAGUUCAGUUACAAAGCUUCCAUCGAGUGCCAAGGAUUUCAGACCGUCGCUGUUCCACUGCAUGAGCGGCAGCUGAGCAGCUGCGUCCGUGGCGACCAGCCGCCGAUAAACGAGCGCCGCUGCCAUUGUUGGCGCUGAGAGCGCGUGGAACCGCGGGUCUGACGUUGGCAGAUUCUUAUCUCCAUCUUUCAACCUGUUGUUGCCAGAGGACUGAGAGCACAGCAGCGUGAGACUGCGUGGCCUCUCCUCCUCCUCUGUGUCUACUCCAUUUCUUUGAGGGGGGGGGACUUCCUGCCCUCUGCGUCAGCCUCUGUUACAGGAGAACCUGACGGCUCCACCCUUGCAUGACCUCUGACCCUCUAUGUGCUUGUAAGGGUUGUUGAAUGUAGAAGGUUGUGAAUUCCAUAGAACAUAGAACACUUUGCUAUGGUGACCACAGCCAUUAACGCUCCCUUUGUCGUUUCAUCUUAGUCCACACGCAUGGGUUUCUUUGAUUUUUUUAUUUAGCCAGACUGACAUUUUAUUCUGUGUUUGUUUUCUUCAUUUCUGCAAAGUCUUUGUGGACAAAGUCUUUGUGGACUCAGUUUAGAAGACAAUGAAUGAAUAACGUUAUUAUUUAGUGUAUAUUUAUUUUAUUUUGUGAAUAUUAUAACGUUUUUCUGUAGGUUGCUUAUUGUUACAGUAGCUUCAUCUUGGUUUGAAUCACAGGCCACAGCUGUGUAUAUUAGCAUAUUAGGCCCCACAGCACAUAACACCCCAUGUGCUCAUUGCUCUCCAUUGUUUUCUCUGAAACGACCUUUUUUUAUUUCAACAGAAGCCUAUUUGCAUUUCCAGGAUUAUUGUCCCCUAUUAACACCUAACAUGAACCCCUACUUAAUUUUCCCACAGGAUUGUAUAUUAUUAUGCUGAAUAAAGAUUAGUUAUGUAAAUACAUACCUGUACAUGUCUGUCUUGUGGUGUCUCUGAUCAUAAAGGGACUUUGAACAUAUGCCAGUAAAACUA